CCGAUUUUAUAUAAUGUAUAUAUAGGUAUAAAGGUCAUAUAAUCUUUGCACAUUUGGGAUCCUUUUGACAGAAGUAUUUACUGACUGAUUGAUGGCUUUACUGCAUUUCACUCUUGUUUUAACCAGGUCAAAAGAACAAAACCUGUCCCAUCAGUCUCUGUGUAAGCCUGAAAGUAGGAGACUUGGAGAUCCUUUCCUCUGUGCGUUCCACAAAAAUUCCCUUGAGGUCAUAGUGUCAUAUACCUCAUCCCUCAGUGUUAUCAGUUAACAUCUACACAUGUUGAAGAUCACUACGAUCUGUUCAGCUUUACAAACAACUCUCUGAUCUGAGAUAACGCAUGGAAUAAUACUCACUGCAUAUGAUUUUUACUGAUUAACACGGCAAUAUAUUCUCCAUUCAGUGCUUUUAAAUCCCCAGUGCUAAGUUCUAAUGCUGAAAUAAUAUUUAGAUUCAGUUGUGCAGUUCAAGCAACUGUUAAUCCCACUGGAUUGUCCUAUCAAGCGAUUUAUAAUUUUGUAUUUAUACUGUAAAUGAAGCUCUGACUCUUUGUCGUAUGUCUGUAGGUGCGGUUUAACUUUGAUACACCAUGGAGAAGAGGUGAUCCUGUCCUUCUGCAGCUAAAGAAAUAUAAUCAAAGAUCAUGGGGAAUUCAUACGCGGGGCAGCUGAAAUCGGCCCGCUUUGAGGAGGCUCUUCACAACUCUAUAGAGGCCUCAUUAAGAUCGAGCGGCGACCCACAGCCCGUAUUCACUCAGCUGUAUCUCCAGCCCCUUCAGUAUCCUAGCAAACUGGAAGAUAUUAAGCCCAAAAUGGACCUGAGCAUGAGGUCUGGCCUAUCCAGCCAUGUGCUGGUGAACUGCCAGUCCUCUAAUUCCACUGAUGAUAUGGAUGACGAGGAGGAUUCAGACACCAGCAGCCCUCCGUUGCCUUACCUGCAGGGACCCGCUCCGGACGGCUGCUGCACUGUUGAUGGGUUCUGUCAAGCGGGAAAGGAUCUGCGCCUGGUUUCCAUGGCAACAGAGUCUCUCGAGGUUCCCAUGGGGUUUAAGCUGGUUGGUGCCAAAUCUCUCAGCAUCCCCGAGCACAUCCUCGUUUGUGCGGUGGACAAGCGCUUCCUGCCAGAUGAGAAUGGGAAAAAUGCACUUUUAGGGUUUUCGGGGAACUGUGUGGGCUGUGGUGAGAAAGGGUUCCGCUACUUCACUGAGUUCUCUAACCACAUCAACCUGAAGCUGUCCACUCAGCCGAAGAAGCAGAAGCACUUGAAGUACUACCUGAUGAAGAACUCCCAGGGUGCUCUGUGCAAGGGAACCCUCAUCUGCUGGAAAGAUUGUAAGACAAGGCCAUUAUCGGGCAGCGCUUCUUCAUCCAAACCUAAUUCCUCAUCCUCACUAAGCUGCAAAGAAAAUGGAGACACAAAUGGCCACAGUCCGUCUCCCUUCCCCCUCUCAGACUCGCCUCCUGCUCAUGUGCAAUCUGGCUCAUCCUCAGGGAUUUUCGGACACCCAGAGCUGGGCUUCUACAAACCGCUGAACACUCCGACCCACGGGACCAAGACUUUACCGAUCGUUCCCACUGCCCUGCGAGUAAAUGGUCUAACUAAUGGUCUGAGUAUGGAUGGACGGUCCAGUCUACUGAGCCCACCACAUACAAACCCUCUGGACACACCUACUCAUGGCUAUAGGACCACAGAACCAGGAGACAGUCCAGCAUCCUCUGCUAUGUCAUCAGGUCCACCUAAAAAGCGUCACCGCAGCUGGCACCCCGCGUCUCUCGUCCCCGUCCUGGCCACAGCUGUCCCUGUGCCUGCUAUCCAUCCGCUGACGUGCAGCUCUGAUUCUUUACUGUCCCUGGCCAAUAAGCAGCCUUCAUCAGUGUCAGGGGUCAUACAACCACAACCAAUCACAGCGGGAGAAACAGUCAUCAUCCCUGACAACCUUCUGAACUCCUCGGGGGUCCGUCCAGUGCUUCUCAUUGGUCAAGGCACUUUACCAUACUUCUUUGGCAAUGUGGGUGAUCUGGUGGUGAGCCCCCUGCUGGUGAGCUGCUAUAAGGGCCGAGAGCUCAAUGAGAAGACCCUCAUCAGUCUGGGCAUGUCAGCAAGCCAGUUACUCACCACAGAGACCAUGAUACUACUCACACUGCAGUACCUCGCUCGGCUGGGUAUGGAGCAGAUCCCGUUACGGGAAGAGUUUGAACAGAUUGUACUGAAGGCCAUGCUGUGCGGUCCGAAUGGCCCUCCCGUGUCCCCUGCCCAGCUGCCCUGGUUAGCUCGAAUGGAGGCUAGUGUGUCAGGGGGCUGUGUUCAGGUGCUGGUCAGCCACGGCUCUCUGGGCGAGGGCAUCUCUGAGUCGCUGCGCUCGCUGAGUGAAACACCGCUGCAGCAGCAGCAGAGUCUGCCCAACUAUGUGCUCAUCAUCUGCACCUCCAAAAGUGGAGCUAAUGAGUUCUGUGUGCUAGUGCUGGGUAAAUAUCAGUCUCGAGCCUUGACAGAGAGCAUGCUCACUACCAAUGAGUUUCUGAAGGAGAUCAGCUAUGAGCUCAUCACAGGGAAAGUGAGUGUGCUCGCAUCGCACUUCCAGAGCACCUCAUUAGGUGACAACAUGGACAAACAGCUGGUUCGGUACCAGCGCAAACGCAAAGGCCGUGUGGUUCAGCCCUUUCAGGGACAUCUGACCGAGUACAUCCACUCUCGAGAGGCCGCAGCCAUGGUGCCAGAAUCAGGGCCAGAUCUGCUGAGUGAGGGCUUUCAGAUACAUCCUCCUCAGCUGAGUGUUGCACGCAGCCUUUUGUCGCAGGUGUGUGCCAUCGCUGACUCAGGGAGCCAGAGCUUAGAUCUGGGACGCUUCUGUAAAGUGGACUUCCUGAUUCUGGUGCCGCCGUCCCACGUCCUGGUUCACCAAACAGUCCAGCGAAUACAACAAUCAGGAGUCCUGAUUGAUCUAGGUGUAGAGGACGCCUCAUUAGCCCUGCAGAAGUCUGACAAGUAUGUGGUGCGUCUCGAUGCAGAGGUCCACAUAAAAAUGGAGGCCUUCAUGAGGAAGGUCAAGCAGAACCCUUACACGCUCUUCGUCCUCAUUCAUGACAACUCACACGUCGACCUGACCAGCGCUCUGUCAGGGUCGGUUUGUCACGGGGAGUUGCAGGGAUUGGCCGACCGCGUGGUGAACUGUCCGGAGGUUCUGGAAGCAAUAAACUUGCUGGUUCUGCAGGUCAGCUGCUUCCCGUUCACCCUGCAGAGCCGUCAGUCACGCAUCAGCACCCAGAAUGAAGUGCACUGGCCCAACACUGACAACCUGCAGGCUGAGGCUUCUCCCAAGGACCUGGUCUACUUUGGGCUGAAGGACUACAGCAGGUCUCUUCAGUGGGGAGUGGCGAGUCCGAUCCUUCGCUGUGACGACGCUUUUGAGUGGAUGGUCAAAACCCUGCUGGAGAGGCACCCGCAUUUGCACAGCAUGGUGAUCCGCAGCUAUCUGUUGAUACAGCAGUACACAGAGGCCCUGAUGGCCCUCACAGCGACCCCCUCACUGCGGGAUCACGUGACCCCUCAGACCCUCGCCAUGGUGGAGGAUCUGCUGAGCAUCCCGGGCCGCAGCAGGCAUGGGUGCGGGCACAUGCUGCUGGUGCGUGUGCCCUCUCUGCAGCUGGCACGGCUGGCACAGGAGCGGCUGGAGGAGGCCCGGGAUAAGCUGGGUCUACAGUACCGCUUUGCUGUUCUUCUGGGAAGCCCUGCUGCCGAGAUCAGCCUGCCGGUCCACUUCUGUGCCCGUCUGCGGGCCUGGAGGGGCUGUAGGAAUGAAGAGUGGGUCCCACAUUCAUAUGAAGAUCUGGAAGGACUUCCAUGCAUUGUCAUCCUCACAGGAAAAGAUCCUCUAGGAGAGACAUUCCCAAGGUCAUUGAAGUACUGUGACUUGCGACUGAUCGAUUCCAGCUACCUGACACGUACGGCUCUGGAACAGGAAGUGGGUUUGGCCUGCUCUUACGUGACACACAGAGUCAUACCCGAGAUGAAAACAGCAGCAGGUAGAGAAGAGAGACCAACAGAUGAUGAGAGGAGCUCAGGAGAAAUGGCAGACCAUGACGAGCUCCAGAUGGAGCUGGAGAGACCACCCAGCAAUGCCAGCGCUGCUACCAGGACCUCUGGCUCUACCACAGAAAAUGGUGUCAGUUCUUCAAGUGUACUGGACAAACCAUCCUCACACCCUGAUCCUUCCAGCAGCAGAAAUGUAAUGGACUCUUACUCCUCUCCCAUUCGCUUCAAACAGGAGUGUGACUCCCAUGCUCCCUCCUCUUCUGCCACAUCCUCGUUCUCCUCUGCCUCCUCGUCCUCUUCCUCCUCUCCAGGAGCUCAGAAACCAAGCCAGUCCACGCAGGCUCCACGUGAAUGUAACAGGAUGCAGGUCUUCCCCCGGACAGUGGUGCUCUCCCGGGCAGCGUACGCCCUGCUGGCCCCUGAGACACUGGGUCAUCCCAGUUCAGCGUCUCUGCUGCCUCACACAGAUGUGGUGUGGAGCAGCCCGCUCAGACCACCUGUUCCUCAUGCUCUCGGAGGGGCAGAGCAGUCCCUGUACUACCGCCAGUGGACCACAGCCAGGCAGCACCACGCGGAUUAUGAAGGGCCAGCUGUGCCCCAUCCCAGAAGACUGCUGUUGAGUGGACCACCACAGGUUGGAAAAACAGGUGCAUAUCUGCAGUUUCUACGAAUCCUGUUCCGUAUGCUGAUUCGCCUUCUGGAGGUGGACGUGUAUGAUGAAGAAGAGCUGGAGGAGGAUGUGCAAGACAAAUCAAAGGUUCCCGCUGUCAGUGGGCCUCAGUGGCCUGAUGAGGAGGACAUCCGCAAACUGCCCUUUGACCUCUACCCCCAUGACCCCAAGUUCAGAUAUGCAAGUCCAGUGUAUGCAGACAGGAUGCCAAAGUCACUGAACGGGGUUAAAACAGAAAGACUGCAGGCAGAAGAGGAGCCGCCGAAGAGAAACACGGUGUCUGUUAGACUCAGCCUGUUUGCGGCCCAUAAUGCAUUUCACCACUGUGAGCAGUGCCACCAUUACAGCGAGCCUGCUCCUGCCACUCAGCUGUCAGACUGCACCUUCCACGCUUUCACGUUCUGUUCAUCCAUGCUGGGAGAGGAAGUCCAGCUGCACUUUAUCAUUCCUAAAGCCAAAGAGCCUCACUUUGUGUUCAGUCAGCAAGGCAGUCAUCUAGAGAGUUUGCGGCUCCCACUGAUCUCAGACAAGGAUAGCGGCCUGCUGAAAAGUCCCAUCUUUACACCCACCACGGGCCGGCAGGAGCACGGCCUUCUCAACAUCUACCAUGCCAUGGAGGGAGCAGAGCACCUGCACAUUCUGGUGGUCAAGCAAUAUGAAAUGCCUCUCUACAGGAAAUACUGGCCCAACCACAUCCUUCUAGUGCUGCCCGCCAUGUUCAACAACUCUGGAGUGGGAGCGGCUCGAUUCAUGAUCAAGGAACUGUCCUACCACAACCUGGAGCUGGAGAGGAACAGGCAAGAGGAGCAGGGCGUCAAACGACAGGACGUGUGGCCCUUCAUCGUGAUGAUGGACGACUCCUGCGUCCUGUGGAACGCCCAUCAGCCUGGACCCGAGGGCAACAGCGAGGUGAUGAACGUGUCACUGAAGAGCGUCCUGCAGCACAUGGAGGCCACUCCUAAGAUCUCUCUGUAUGCCAUGUGUGGCCUGCGCAAAUGGAGCAGUGCUUUGUCUUCUCGAGCACCUACAGGCCCUUUCUCUCGCUGUCACCUCCACGACCUCAUCAUGCUGAACGUCGAUCUCACCCAGAACGUCCAGUACGACCUCAACAGGUUCACAUGUGAAGAGGUGGACUUUAACCUGAGGGCAAACAGCAGCGGUCUUCUGCUCUGUCGGUUCAAUCACUUGAGCGUCAUGAAGAAACACAUCCCUAUCGGAGGACAUAAAGACUUCCUCAUCAAGCCCAAACUCAUGAGGUUGGAGACCCCGGUGCGUGUGUGUGCGUCUCAGUACGUGUGCGCUCCAGACAGUGAACACACACUUCUGUCUGCCCCGGCUCAGUUCCUGCUGGAGAAGUUUCUUCAGUCCUGCAGCCACCGGCUCUUUCCUCUGGCCCUCUGUAACAGCACUAACCCCGUGCUCUCCUUAGACAGCUACCUCAACCUCGGCCCAAAGAUUCAGAUGUGUUACAUGAGCUCCCGGCCGCACUCAUUGAAUGUGGAUCAUCAAGGCGUGAUGUUCGGUGGACUGCUGCUCUACUUGUGUGACUCCUUUGUUGUUUCAAGCCUCCUGAAGAAAUUCAACUUCCUCAAAGACGCCACGCUGUGUGUGAUCUGUCAGGACCGCAGCUCCCUGCGUCAGACUAUUGUGCGCCUGGAGCUGGAGGACGAGUGGCAGUUCCGUCUGCGGGACGAGUUUCAGACGGCCAACUGCAGCGAGGACCGUCCUCUCUACUUCCUCACAGGCCGCCAUAUCUGACCUCCACAUCUCCCUUUCCUUCAGCUGUUUGGCCAACACGAAGAGAGCAUCAUAGCUCUCCAACACUGAGAGUUUCUGCUUCUGAAGAGAAUAAGACUUGAGAUUCUCAGGCGUUGUGCAUCACCUCAGACGAUGUUACUGACGACAUAGAUACUGUGCUGGAUACAGAUGUUGUGUGUUUCCUUUUUUUGUAAACUUUGUUUGUUAGGGUUGUGAUUUUGCAUGUCCUAACAGACUAGAACAUUGCGAAGGAUAUGUCCUUCUACACAUGAUCUCAGGGUUUUUUGUCGCAAGACAAAAGGACUUACCACUGCUAUUUUUUCCUUUACGCCUGUUUUAUGUAUUGCUUAUCAUCAACGGCAUCCACCAAAGACUUAUAAACUGCUCAAGCUGGACACUUGCACAACAGCACAUGAUGUGUUUAGGUGUGCCGUCUUUGGAGCAUUUUAUUGGGUAAUCCAAAUUUAUGUCAUCAAUGCAAAACCUUCUAUAAUCUCUUGCCUGACGUAAUCCAAACCAUUCCUUGCUCCUCAGAGCUGUCAGUCGUUUAAGUUUGGGAAUUGCAAUGGACCCACAAGGUUACAAAGUUCAAUUACUGAAGUCAACAUCCACUAUAUCUAAAGAAA